AACUGCCUCAAACCGAGAUGGAUGACUGUGACACAGAGCAGUAGAAGAUGUCCAGCUGUCUGCACUCCACUAAGUCUAUUCUGAUUGGUUGAGAGUCAUGUCAAUCAGGCACAAAAGGGCAGAAUCCCCCCUGCAGGUUUAUGAGGAGCUGGAGCAAGAGAUGAACUCCGAGCAGGAAAGGCCGUUCAUUUGCAGCGCUCCAGGCUGCUCUCAGCGUUUCCCCACAGAAGACCAUCUAAUGAUUCACCGCCACAAGCAUGAGAUGACCCUCAAAUUUCCUCCCAUCAAAAGUGAUAAUAUGCUAUCAGACCAGACGCCAACCCCAACCCGCUUCCUAAAGAACUGUGAGGAGGUAGGAUUGUUCAGUGACCUGGACUGCUCCAUCGAGCAGGAGUUCUGCAAAGUCCAAGAGGAGGAAGACACCAAACCGAAUAUUGCUCUUCAUGCACAACCAGGCCCCAACCAGCACCAGCAACCUCACAGUGGAAUGGCCAACCAUGAGAACAGCAUUGUGAUACAGCAAGCAUUGCCAUCACCACAGUCCAGCUCAGUCAUCACUCAGGCCCCAUCCACCAACAGACAGAUCGGCCCAGUUCCUGGCUCUCUCUCAUCACUGCUACACAGGAACAGACAGCGACAGCCUCUGCCAGCCUCCAUGCCUGGCACUCUGCCUGACCCAACCAUGCAGGGAUCCUCUGCCGUGCUAAUGCCUAUGGAGAGACAAAUGUCGAUGGGCUCCAACAUAAUGGGCAUGCAAGGCCCCACCCACAGCAGCUCCUGUUCCUCUCCUCAUGUACCAUCCAUGCAUUCAGAAGCAAAACUGAGACUGAAAGCUGUUCUGGCUCAUCAUCCAGGGCCUAUCUCCAAUGGCAACAUGAAUACAAUGGGUCACAUGAUGGAUAUGAUGUCAUCACGGCAAGAGCAGAGCGGCCAUCACCAUAUGCAUUCUCACCCUCAUCAACACAUGCAAGCCCCGCCCCAUGGUUACCCACAUCACACCCACCACCAUGGCCACACCCCGACAGGCCACCACCACCCGCAGAGCCACGGGCACCAUAACUCUCACCCAGGCCACCUACACCCUGGUCACGGGCAUCAGACGUCUCCACACGCACCAAUGCACUCCUCUGCCCCUCAGUUAUCCCCGGCCGCGCAGCAAAUGCAACCAACACAGACACUGCAGUCUGGACAACCCAGUGGGGGUCGGCGCAGACGAGUGGUGGACGAGGACCCCGAUGAGCGUCGGCGCAAGUUUCUAGAGCGGAACCGGGCGGCCGCUACACGCUGCAGACAAAAGAGGAAAGUUUGGGUGAUGUCCCUGGAGAAGAAAGCUGAGGAGCUCACCCAGACCAACAUGCAAUUACAGAAUGAGGUGAGCAUGUUGAAGAAUGAGGUGACUCAGCUCAAGCAGCUCCUACUGACACACAAAGACUGUCCCAUCACCACCAUGCAAAAGGAGUCACAGGGUUACCUCAGUCCAGAGAGCAGUCCAGCAGGAAGUCCGACCCCUGUGUCCCAGCAGCAGGUCAUCCAGCACAACACCAUCACCACAUCCAACACGGUCUCCAAUCACUGCACAGACAUCAACCCCAUCCAUUAGAGCCCCUUUAUGUCUUAGACACUCGAACAGCUGCACCGUGAGCUCCAUGAACAAAGGCACACUUCUGAGCCUCUGUGGCAACUCUUUCUUCCAUAAGUAUUUGGUACAUGUAUGGUUUCAUCUCAUGGUUUCUUUGGUGGGUUUUUUUAGUUGUUUUGUUUUGUUAUUUUUUAAUUUGAAAAUAGUUUCAAAAGGAGGCCUAUCAAAAUGAAUCCAGUGCUGAAAUUUUUAGAAUGACCUGUUCACACAAAUUUAAGGUUCAAAAUUAUUGUGAUUUUACAUUUGAGGAGAUGUUGAGACUGUUUCUGCGUGUAUUACUGAUUAACUCUCUGUCCCUCAAAUACUACUGCCUUCCCAUAUAUGCAAGUCAAACUGUAGCAUCGGUGUGUCCUUUCUCAUCCUCUGAUCUAUAAUGCCAAAAAAAAAAAAUCUGUUCAUUUUGUAUCUGUUUGUAUUUCAAAAUGAUUUAUGAAAAGUAUUUGUCCUGUCCCACUUCCAGUCUCCUGCAAGGCGACGAACUAAGAACACCUAAUUGAUAAUUCAUUAUGUAUUGAUGACAAUAACGAUAAACGUUAAACGGAAGCAAUAUACAUCAGUCUGACGAAUUCUCAACAUUUCUUUCAUUUUACUGUCAAUUUACCAGAUUGAAUUCAUAUCACAAAACCACAGUAGUAUAUUACCGCUUGGCUGGUGCACUACUGUGCUGCUUUUAUAGCUGCAGCCAGUAAUUUUAAAAUCAAUUUCUAUCACGUAGUGUUUAAGUUGAGUUUUUGCCUUGUUGAAAAUUCGUCAGAAUUCUGGUGAGGCCCACUGUUUGUGUGUAUGUGUGCAUGAAUCUCAGUGGCUGCUCUAGCCAUAUGCUGAAUCUCAGCACGGUGACAUUCUCGAUACAUCUCUACUUUAUAAAACCUCUGGCAAAGUUACAAAGGCCUUCUGUAAAGUAAGAAAAUAAUGUAAUCACCAGUAAUCAACGUUUGUUUAAACCUGCAUGGCCAUUGUUUUGUUGGAUGAAUAUGAGGUUGAAACCUAGCCUUUUGGGGUUUUUUUUUUUAGCAUGGCCAGAAGAGUCUGUCUCUUGGUUGCUCCUUAAGUCUAUGAUUAUGCAGUAUGUAAUAUGAUCAUUCAGUCUAACAGACUCAACAGAUGUUGAUUAGAUUGUCUGGAUUGAGAGACAUAUAAGUAAGAAAGCUUUAUAAGCAGCUCUUCCUAUCAUGGACCAAGCAAAGACUCAAUAGAGGUCUACAGAAUUUCCUAUAGCAGAUACUGUACGUAGGGGUCUGCAGGAGAUCAAAUCUGCUGCUGCACUGGAGAUCUUCAUAUUGAUAGCAGCUUCUUCUUACUAUAAGGACAUUCCAAUGUGAAAUCUAUUUUUUGCCCUUUGUAUCUUUGUUUGGUUGUUUGUUAAAAAAAAAAAAAAAAAAAUCUCUUUACCUCAGGACUGCAUAAUCCCAGACACGAAGCUGCCCACUAAGUUUCUGAGCAGGCCUUGAAGCCCUGAUGAGGUUGUAUCAAUUAGCUGUCUCCCUUUAACUAUGACUUAUUACGUAGCGCUUUUUUUUUUUGUCUGCCUCGAAGAGAAUGUAGCAUUUUACUAUUUCUAAACAGGUACCAAUCUAAACUAUGCUUUUCAACUCUCACAUUGUGCCUGAAAUAUUUUGUGACUUACUCACAUGAAAAGAAUGUCAGUCAUUAUUAAUAUCAAACAUUUUGUGUGUGUGCGCGCGUGUGUGUGUGUGUUGAAGAUUUUAUGCUCUUUUGUAAAUGUUCAGACUAAUUGCUUGCUUGCAUGGAGCUGUUCCUGGCGAUUCACUUUGGUGAACAUUUGGGUAUUCCUCUGGACCUCGGAAGCCUGUGAUGAGAGCACCUUGACCUUCUUUGACUUUUCCCAGGCAUCCAUGGUCAAGCCCAAAUAAAUAGUUAAGUUUGCGCCAAAAUGUCCCCCUGAACAGGAGAAACAGUCCUUUUUCCUGCAGCUGAACUCUCAAGUAUUCCACAGCUUGUCGAGGACAAAUUUUAUCCUUCUUAAUUGGAACAUAUUGAUUUCCUUUGCCUUCCCAUGCAGCACUAUGUCCGGAGCGGGAGCGUGCUAAAACACCUCCACCUUUAGAGGAGGAUCCAUGUAGCUGUCUAUGCACUUUGACCUCUGCGAGUACAGCAGAGUUUGAAAUAGCCAUAUUGAAGACUCAGUGAUUCUUCUGUUCCCACACCAGCGAGAUGCAGCCCCUGUCAUCCCACGGAGACAGAGGUAUCGCAGCCUUUUGUAUCUCCCAAAAACAAGGAGUCCCUUAUUGGGCCACUCUACUGGAAUCCAAGGAUAUGUAUAUGUUCACUUUCAGACUUUGUGUCUAAUUUCUCUUAUAGCUUUAAAAGAUUAUAGAUAUCUCUUUAAGAUGUCUUUUAUCUACAAAACUUUGUAGAUAACCUUUGUAGGUUUUUCACACUGUGAAGGUGGCUGGGGUAGUAAUGUGAAACAAAACAAUAAUGUUUUCUAUUGAGUCUAAGACCUCAUGCGUUGCGUUUGCAUUCGGUCAGUUGCAGCAGUUAUCCAAAUGAACAAUGUAACUGAAGCCAGCACUUGCUACAUGUAGCAUUGUAAAGAGGCUUUUUAUUUUCAUUUUUUUUCCCCACGAUUUGAUUUGUGGUUUGUUACAGCUAAACACGAACCUGAUCACAGUACAUGUGUCAUCUCAGUGUGCAUUUCAGUACUUCACUCUAGUUCCUACAUUGCAAUAUAGUGAACUGGCAAGAAGGUUGGCCACCAUAGCUGUCUUAUUUCAGACUAAAAAUAGACAUGAUAUUUGUACUGAACUCUCAAGAUUUGCAUUUAUGUUCCCCAGGCAUGAAAGAUAACAUUAACGCAUUAAAUGGGUCUCUAUGGAGGACCAUAUGGUUGUCGUUGGAUACAAUUAUCAUCCAGUAACAUGUCUCAGGCCACGCUGGAGUAGCAAAGUUAAACAACCAUCAGACGUCCUGCAGUAUUUCAUCUCUUCAGCCUUUUCAUUUCAAAUGACAGCAGAUCAGGUUAACGUCCACUACGGGCGACAUCACCUCUGCUCACCACAAAGGCCGAAAACGAAACAGAUUCAACUGGAAUGAUUUGUAAAAGGAACUAUAUUAGAGAGUAAUCUCGACUUGUUGAUUUGGACAACGUUCCUUUUUACAAUGGGUCGAAAUGGGUUUGUAUUUUGUACAUGGUUUCUAAGAAAAUGAAUUUAAAAAAAUGUGUGUUCGAGUCUGCUUGUGUGUGUGAGUGUGUGAUUUUUUUUUUUUUGGCGCAAUGGUGGACAUUAAAAAAAGUAUAAAUGUAUCAUUUGAAGCAUAAAAAUAUAAAUAUUGUAUAGAUUCUCAUUAAUCUUGCUCAUAAUGCAACCACCUUUCUUCUCGAAAGGAGUCAAUGUUUGGUACAUGUUGUAAAUAAUGUUUGCAUAGCACUUCAAGUGUUUGUUCAUGUUUGUUAAAAUGUCUGUUUAUUUCUGCGCAUAAACCUUUCCUCGUUUAUUCCAUGUCCUGGAUUCAAACAUGCCUGCAUAACUUUGUACAUUUUCUAUAUGAAUGUGUUUGUUCAUUUGUUUGUCUAUGCAUAUGUACAGAUGUGAGAUCACAGCAGCUAUAUUACAGUAUGGAAAUAAAGCACUUGUUCAGUAACAAA